UUGCAAGGUGAGAGUGGUUGUGUUUGGAAGACAGAGUAAGAAUGAAUAAUGUUAAAGUCUGUUUUUUGUUAUGAAAAAAUGAAGAUGUUGUUAAUUUUCAUAAAUUGUUGUUAAAUUUGAUUGUUUUGUGUCUUAAUGGAUUUUGACAAUUUAAUGUAUUUCUUAGGUGAUGAAACUGGUAAACCCGGUUACGACAAUAUUAAUAGUGUUGUAACGAACAGUGCUAAUUGUGGAAGUGGUUCAAAUCUCUCUGGUCUACCUCCACCUACGAAUAGUUUAAGUGAUGGAACUGAUCAGCAAACAGUGAAAAAGAGGAGAAUUAAAAAUCUUGGACCACCUGUUCGGCCUCAAUGUCCAGAAUGUGGAAAAGAUUUCAGCAAUCAAAGUGCCCUCUCCAAACAUAAAUUGACGCACAGUGAUGAACGAAGAUUUGUUUGCAACCUUUGCCAAAAGGCAUUCAAACGUCAAGACCACCUUAAUGGUCAUAUGUUAACCCAUCGGGAUAAAAAACCAUUCGAAUGCGAUGUCGAAGGCUGUGAGAAGACAUACUGUGAUGCAAGAAGUUUAAGAAGACACAAGGAAAAUCAUCAUGCCGCCAUCAAUCAUAAUCAUAAUAUUAGUGUCAAUGGUGCACUUCAAUCAAAACCUGCACAAAUAGCCGCAAAUACUAUUAAACCAGGCUCUAUUUCGUUUUUAUCCUCAGCUGCAACUCAAUUACAAUUAUUGGCAUUGCAAGGGCAACCAUUAUACCAUGAAAAGAUUCUUAAUACAUUACAACCUGAUCCAAGCCAAAUUAAUCACCAGCAUCAACCGCAAGCGUCUCCACCACCACCACAACAACUACCACCGCCUCCGCUUCAUUCAUCUCAUCACCUGCAACCGAAUAUACAUUUGCAUCUUAAAGAGCGCAAUAGCUCAGUAAAAAUGGAAGUAGAUGAUGAUCCUAGACAAGUUGAUCAAGUUUUUGGGCAACCCAUACUGCGAAGAUCCAUUAAUGACCCGCAAAAUCUUUUACAUCAGCUUUUAACCCAACAACUGAAAGAACCAUCAUCUGAAAGCUCUCAUAUUUUUAAUCAACUUGCACCAACAUUAGCUAAUUUCAAUAAUCAUCUCAAUAACAACAAUCACAGUGGAAAUAUUCUCAAUAAUAAUAUUACUAAUCAGGACAGUAACAAUAGUAACAACAGCAACAACAACAACAACAACAAUAAUAAUAAUAACAAUAAUAACAAUGAUUCACAAAUAAAUGGAUGGGCUUGUGAAUGGGCUUGCAAGCUACUCGAAAGUCAAUUAAAUCAAGUUGAGUGCUCAAUUUGCCAGAAAAGAUUCAAAAAUCUACAAGCACUAAAUGGCCAUAUGCGAACUCAUGGAGGCUAUCUAAGACCACAACAGAUUAUUACUGCAAAUAACAGCAAUUCCUCGGAAUCAUUGAAGAAAGAAGACAAUGUUACAUCAGUUAUUAUGAAUGGUGCUGAAAAUAAUGUUAAUACUAAUAACGUUAACAACAUCAAUAUUAAUAACAACAAUAAAGUUUUAUUCGAGGUUUCCAUGCUUAAAAACAAGAUAAUGUCUAAACAUGCCAUUAAUAACCUCGACGUUUCACCUAAUAACAAUCACUCUGGUGGUGUCACAAAUGGUAACGACAACAAAGACGCAAAAGAGGAAGAUAUCGAUUGCACUCUUGAUCUCACCAUUAAUUUGAAGCCAACUGGAACUGUUUCCCCGAUAUCUUCAUGUUUAACAAAAGUUAUUCAAUCUUCGUCCGACAAUGGAUUAAUUGUCGAAGCUCACAAUCGAGAUACUCACACUUUUCAAAGUGAUUCAAAUCAAGAACUGGAUCAACUUCUUUCCAGUACAAGUAAAGAAGAUGAAACUAUUAAAGAAAAUUCACCCGAUGAUGAUCAUUUGGAUGCCAAUUACUACCAGAAUAUCAAUGCUCUAAAAGAGCAGUUACAACAGAAUUUGCCUCAAUUCAGGAUACCAAAUGAUGUUCCUUUUAACAAUUCGCAUGAUUCUUUGCGAAACAGAUCUCAAUUUCUUUUACCUGGUGAAAAGUCUCGUCGCCAUUCCGAUAGUGCUGCUGAAAUGAUUUACUCAUCUUCCAAUUCUCAUUACGAAAGUAAAGUUCGUUCAUGGAAUGAAUCAAAUCACGGUACUAAUGCCAAUGUUAAUGGUAAUAACAAUAAUAUCACCAAUACCACCGCCAAUCACGAUUGUUCAUUGCCUACAUCGUCAGCAACCAAUUUUAAUAAUCCUACUGAUAGUAAUUUUGAUCUCUUAAAACGGCGUCAUCAAAGGGCGACUUCAGAUCCAGGUAAUGGUGAAUUAGAUGACCAAGAUACGUCUUCACAAUCAACCGCUCAAUCAGAUCAAUUGGCUAACAAUAACAAUAAUUUGUUAACUAUCAAUGUGGCCAAAAUUUAUUCCAAUUCUAACCAUAAUCAUCAUUAUAGUAAUUAUAACAACCACCAUCACCAUCACCAUCACAGUCAUCACCAUCAAAUGCAUUCGCACUCUGUGCCAACCACACCGACGAAUCUCAAUCCUCUACUUUCGCCUGCUGUACCUCAUCAGAUAUCAAAUCCCACCAACAAUUUUAACCAAUCUUUACCAUGUACACCUACACAGACCAAUUCAUUUUCAUUUAGUCCUCACCAGGUUCAGCAAUAUCAUCAACAACAAGCAUCUUUGCCUGCAACACCAACCGAUAAUCAAAUGCAGUUCAACUUUCCAGCUCAACAAAAUUCUGUCAACUAUUCCAGUCCAUCGUAUAAUAUAUCAACCAACAAUCCAUCCAGUGUACCUACGUUUGAUUAUUCAACAUCCGAAACACCAACUACGCCCACAACUCCUGCGAUUACGUCGACGAGAUCAGCCCAACCUGGUCUUGAACCGAUUUACGAAGAAAUGAAUUAUUCUAAUAACGAAGAAACCAAUGUUAAUGAUGUCGGUUUUGUUAACUUUGAGGAUGAAUCUUUGAUUGAACAAAUGUUAACAACUCAUGAGCAAGAACAUAAUCGUCAAAAUCACCAUCACCAACAGCAACAGCAACAACAACAACAGAAACCGAAAAAUACGCAAAACGCAACCAAUUACAAUCAAGUAUCAACAGCGCAUCUUGAAUCUACUCAACAAGAAAGUGACCACAGUGAUCAACUUGUUUUAUCCAACAUCAAUAAAUCUCAAAGCUUUUUCCCUAACGAUGAUCUCGAAGCGCAAUCGUUGGAUGGUUCAUCUGUAAAUUACAGUUUAACAGCUCACCAUCACAACCAACGUGCACACCAGUUAAAUCAACACCCACAGCAAUCUUCCAACUCUUCACUUAGCCAACAUCAUCCCCACCAUCAUCCUCACCACCAUCACCACCAGCAACAGCAACACCAACAACAACAACAACAACAUCACCAUCUUUCCCAACAUCUCCAUCAAAAUCAUCAUCCACAUAUUGCACAUCAUCAUAAUCUUCAACAUUCUCACCAUCAACAUCAUCAACAACAACAUCACCAACAGCAAACCCUUGCCACAAGUCAAUUCAACAGGCAUCCCAAUCAUCACCACCAGAGUCAACAUUCUCAACAUAUUCUUCCAAGUAUUACAAUAACCAAUACUUCACCGACUGCAAACCCAAUCCAUCGGAAUAGAUCUGGUAAAGGUUUAAAUGAGCCUCGAGAAGGAAGCGAAUCAUUUGUGGAAACGCAUUAUGUGCAAAGUAACCUGUUCAAAGAGGAACGUGACGAGAAGGAAACUUGCAGUAAUAACAUACGCAACAUCAACAGUAGUAACAUCAAUUCGUCAACCAUUGGAUCAACUUCAGUCUUCAAUUCUACCUCAGGUGCAUCAUCCAGUAAGGUUGAUGAGAAUGAGUUGAUGGAAUCAAAUUCUUGUUCAAUUGUUACCUCAACCAGCAGUAAUAGCAACAACAUCCAUACUAACAAUAAUAAUCCUACUACCACUAAUAAUAAUACUAUAAAUAUUACUCAUACAACCAGUAAUACGCCAAUUUUAUCCUGUGGCACAGAUUCGCCUACACCACGUUCAACAUUGCGAAGUUCGUCUUCCAAUCUAGUCAUUAACCUUUCACCCGAAGAAGCAAAAGAUAUUGAUGAAGAUGAUGAUGAAGACGAUGAAGAUGAUGAAGAUGAUGCCGAUUCCAAUAACAAUGGUAAAGAUGAGACAAUUGGUAUUUCCUAUGAUGAAGAUGAUGACGAUGAAGAUGAUGAAGAUGAGGAUGAUGAUGUGUUCAUAAAUCCCGCGGUCAUAUCACCGGUAACAUCACCUAAAAGUAAUACAAUUAAUUUGAAGGAUAAUAAUUAUAAAAGUGUCAACAACAACUCUGCAACAAUUACGUCCACUUCAACCAAUUCAUCACAUACUUCUGUAAUCACUAAUAAAAAUAGUGUUAUCAAGGUGACCCCGGUAAAUGAGAGAUCAUCACCUAAAAGGUUAAAGCACAAACCCGAACCGUUAUACAUACCUCCACAUGUUAAUGCAUUCGGUCAAUAUGCGUCCAGAUUAAGAUCACCACGUCUUUGGGAUCCUUCCGGACUUCAUUCUUUACCUUCACAUGAUGUAAACAAAAGUUCACCUCCACCGUACACACCUCCACCCAUGCUUUCACCAUUACGAAAAGGCUCAGGACUUUACUGGGCCAUUAUUAACAACGGCAAUGUCACACCAAAAUCAGCAACCCUUGGAACCUUUAUUCAUGCGCGUAAAAGUUUAUCCUCAUCGGCUCCUUGUGAUACCAGUGCUGUUAAUUUACAAACAAAUGAUUUAAGUGUAAAUAUUAAUUCUGCUACGUCUACUUCCUCUUCAACCACUCUUAACGCAAAUUCAACAACAAACCUAAACACUUCUACGAUCUUACACAGUAAAGAGAUUUCCAUUUGUUCCAAAUCAAGCGAGCUUAUUAUUUCAUCGACACCCACCACAGCCUUUGAGCCUGAAGCUCCAUACGAUUUGGAUCUUCUUCCAUCGGAAAGUGAUAUUCAACCUCAUGUCAAUAUUGGGCCACAAUAUCAAGCCAGUAUUCCUGCUUAUAUUGGUGAUAAAGUUGAUACCUCUAAACGUUACCGUCGAGAGAGAGCUGAUCUAGUAUGGAAUCCAAUUGUUUUGGACAAAUUAAACCAACCCGAGGAUCUUGAUUAUUAUCUGGAAUUGGCCUGUUCUAGUUGUGUUCCUGGUGCAGGUCGAAAUGUUGAAUUUGCAUUACAUUUACUCUACAUGUGUAAUGGUGAUUUGGAAGAAGCAAUCACUAAAUUGUUAAACUCGGAUCCAAUCAAAUUGCGACCAGACCAUCCACUGAUAGACUAUCAAUAUCCAGAAAGUGAUGUUUGGUCACAAGAGGAAAUUAAUCAUUACUAUCAAGCUUUAAUUAAAUUUGACAAAGAUUUCCAUACUAUCGCUCACAAAGUUAAAACAAAAACUGUUAAAGAGUGUAUCCAGUUCUAUUAUUUAUGGAAAAAAAUAUGUCCCGAAGAGUACAAAAGACUGCGUAUUAUUCGCCGCCGUAAAGAGCAAGAAGGACUUUUCUAUGGUAACCAAGUUGUUACCAAAGAAGAGGAGACCGAAGAUAACGAUGUUGAUAACAAAAGUGCUGUUGAAGGGGAAAAUGGUGAUGAUGAUGCUUUAUCAAUUGAUUCACCGAUGAAUGCAUCACCUUCUUCAGUCAGUUCAACUGCAACCUCAGGGAUUACCGUCAGUGUCGGAGGUUCGAGUAAUAAAGACAAAUCUGGAAACUUUCCAUGUCGGGUUUGUGGUAAAGUUUUCUCGAAAGUUAAAUCUCGCUCUGCUCACAUGAAGGUUCAUGGAGCUGGAGCAGCCUCCAAUCCUGCUUACUCAGCAUUAACCAAAUGAACUGAAACAAAAUAAGCAAACAAAUAACAUACAUUACAUAUUACACAUACUUACAUACAUAUUGUGAUAUAUACAGGGUAUACAGCAAGUGUUUCAAUUGUUAGUUAGGAGAGAGAGAAGUGUUUAAUUAUUGUGAAUCCAUGUUUGAAUGCUGUAACCCAACAGUUUAUUGAUUAUAUGAUAUUUUACCUCCGAAAUUGAAACAUUGUGUAUGCUCUGAACACACAAAAGAAACUCUGUGUUGUCUUCUGUUGUUGUACCUUUUCUCAUCCUGAAGACUUCAUUGUUGCCUGUUUAAAUUUAACUCAAUUGUAUAUUUAAUCACCAAUGUUAAUCCAUUGACCAAUAUUUUUCUCUCUUCAUUGUUUCGUCCUCACCACAAAUAUUGUACAACAAUUGAUUCGAUAUUUUUGACUAUUAUCAUCAUCACAUUGCCUAUUUUCUGAUUUUCCAGAGAAAACUUUCUAUUUCAUUGAUCUCUUCCCAGUAAUUGACUAGUUUUAAUCAUAAUCUACUAACAAGAAAUCAAUGUUCUCGGAAGAUCUCUAUUUCUUUUCUUCCUCGCACACAUUACAACCUUACAUACCUUAACUCAUUACUCGCCCCUUCACCCAAAUCCCUAAUUGUUAUCCAAAGUGUUAAAUAAUUAAACCUCAUGAAGGUGAUGAUGAAAAAAAAGAAAUUAAAUUAUUAUUCAGUUACAUUAUACAUGUUAAUCACUUGUGUGUAAUCCAUCUUAUUUUUUAUUUUAUUCACAAUGAUAAUCACAAUUGGCCUUUUCACUGCUUCGUCUCGCACUUAUCCUUUUUUCAUCAUCAUCAUCAUCAAACCCCUUCUUGUUAAUCAUUUCAUCCAAAUUGUAAUUGAAUCUGAUUUCAACUCUGUAAGCUGCCAGUUAAUGAGAAAAAUAUAUUCAUAAAAUAUAUAUGAUAUUAAAUGUUGGCAAAUAAAGAUCAUUAAUUAUUUACAAAAAUAAA